CCCCCCUCUCUCUGCACGGGGCUGAAGCACUUCCUGGUGCUCCCAGCGCCGCCUUUUAAGCGGAUCGCAGCUCCGCUGGGGGUGGAGGGUCCCUUCCAGCUCUGGAGAUGAGCCGCCUGGGAUCCCCUUCUGGAGCCCUGGCCAUUUCUGCUGAUCUUCUGAUAAAUGCCUGCCAACUCCACGGGCAGUAAAGAGGUUUUUUUUCAUUCAAUAACUGGUACCUUUAGGCAUCUUUAAAUCAUUUGGAAUAUGGCAGAAGCAGUGUUGAUUGAUCUACUUGGCCUAGAAAUGAAUUCACAGGAUAGCAGCUUUCAAAAAUUACUGCAUAACAUGCUAGAAGCUGUUGAAAAGCACUAUUCAGUCAGUGCCCCAUCUGUUUACAUAAUGUGCUGCCAAACUCAGCAAAGUGGAAAGAAUGGUGUGCAAGAUUGGUUACUUAAAGCAAUGAGUGGCUCUCAAAUUCUGAAGAGAAGUUCUGAGGUUGUCUGCACGGCAAAUACAACUGCUGCUUUGUACACAAUUAAACAAAAACUUGAUGAAAAGGACCUAAGCAUCAUUAAAAUAAUUUUGCCAGCACAAAGGAAAGCCUUAAUGAGAGUAUUUAUAGACCACCUAUUCACAUCUGUCUAUCAGUUUGAAUUUGAAGAAUUAUGGGUAGACUGUGAACCCAAACACCUUCAAGAAGCUGAAACACAGAAUGAAGUGCAAAUGCUCCCUGCGCAAGACACAGAACUCAUCGUGAAUGAGAUUCAGACGUACCUAGAAAGGCUGCCAAGCCUGAAAGGGGAGCUCACCAUUCUCAAAUCUGCCUUGAUCCCAGGUGACAUCUUCCUUCAUGGGUUCACCACACGGGCAGGUGGCAUCUCCUAUAUACCAACACUUAGCUCCUUCAAUCUGUUCAGCAGUCCCAUACGGAGAGAUCCAAAAAUCGUGGUCAGAGAAAACCUACGCAGGUUAGCCAGCGCUGCAGGCUUUGACCCAAAGACAUAUCACAGUGUGAAGGUCAACCAUGCCAAUGAUGUUUGGAUAAUGGGAAAGACUGAACCUAAGAGUUACGAUGGAAUAACAACAAACCAGAGAGGUGUUACAAUAGCAGCUCCAGGUGCUGACUGCAUACCUGUGCUUUUUGCUGAUCCUGUCAAAAAAGCCUGUGGUGCUGCACAUUCAGGAUGGAGAGGUACUUUAAUGGGAGUUGCUAUGGCUACAGUAAGUGCUAUGAUUGCAGAAUAUGGAUGCAAUGUACGGGAUAUACUUGUGGUGCUAGGCCCAUCAGUUGGGGCUUGUUGCUAUACCCUUCCUCAGGAGUCAGCAAAGGAAUUUCACCAAAUUGAUCCAAAGUGUGUAAGAUCGUUUGACUCUCCAACUCCUUACAUUGAUAUUAGAAGAGCAACACGAGCUCUUUUGGAGAGCGGAGGGAUUCUGCCUCAGAACAUACAGGACGAUUCCGUCGCUGACCAGAACCAAAACAUCACUUUCUGUACAGCCUGCCACCCUGAUAAGUUUUACUCUCAUGUUCGUGAUGGCCGUAACUUUGGGACCCAGAUUGGUUUCAUAUCGAUCAGAAACUGAGGCAGUAUGGCUUAUUCUUGGGUAGUAACUGGGCUGUAUCUCUCAGGACAUCUUGCUGUGCUGAUGGUAGACCCUUGUCCUCCCCUCCAUGUGAUGUGAUCUGAAGAAGGAUGGAUUUACCACAGCUCUUGGGAUUCUGCUGCUUCCCUGCACUUCCUCUGGGAAGAGAGACCAGCCGCAGAAUAAAAUGGAGCCACAAGCUCUUAUGAGAACCACGGACCAGUAAGGACAAUGCCAUUCAAAACUGUGUGUCCAAGGCUCACAUGGGUCCUGUUGACCAACUCCCAUUUCCGUAUGCUCAGGUAUCCAUUACAGUGUGGUAAACCUCUGAAGUGAGUUACUGCUACUCCAGACCAACUGCUUUCAGUGUAAGCUGCAUCCUAGAUUUCUGGCUUGAAAACAGCAUGCUUCAUAAAGCUGUGUUUCUUUAACUCUUCUUCCUGGCCAUGCUUUAUGGAGCUAAGCUCACACACUGCAACCACUGAUGCUUACACUAGGAAGCUAUUUUCAUAUCCCAUGUUUUGUUCUUUCUACCCUCACUGAUUCCAGAGGCCAUCAUAUACUACUUGGUACCUAGUAAUUGAACUACUAUCAACAGGUUGGUAAAGAACAGUGCCAGCAGCGUAAAUAAUAAACCAUUUUAAAAGACUGGGAAUUGGAGAAGAACAAGAAAUUAGAAUGGGAUGUUUCUUUUCCUAUCUGACAUACUUCUGGAACCUUUCUAUCCAUUAUGUGCUGUGUGGAUUGAAAUGCUUGGGCUCAUUUUGUUUGCCAGAGAUGUAACUAGAAAUGCUCACUAAUCAAAGUUUUUCUCAUAAGUGGUUUUUUGGUUUUUUAAGGUUAAUAUCCAAAUCAUGAGUUAAGCUCUCUGUGUGGACAAGGUUUACUUUUUGCUUUGCUGAAUUUUCACUAGCAUCAUAUCUAAGCGGGUAUAAAUAAUCAGUGGCCCUGCAGAUUUUUUUUAUUUUUUUUUUUUUUUUAAUUUCCUUCCAGAUGAACUUAAUGGCUACUGUCAGGAUUUUAGUUUCAGUGUGUUACAGAGACUAGCCAAAAAUGGAUCCCACUCGCUUAUCUCAAAUCUUCCUCAACUCACUUUUCCCAUUUAGGCCUUUUCAGCUUUGCACAAGCUUGAAAACUGGAGAAAGUUAAAUGGCAGGCUGAGGAAAACUUCUUUUUGUGAUACAUUAGUCCAGCCUGGAUUUGGAUGGGUCUGUUUCAUACCACACCACCAAACUACUCUUGGCAGCAGCAUUAGAGGUAAAUAGCAUCUGCAGCCAGCACACGUAGACUAUCGUCCAGAUGUUUGAACUGGGCAGGCUGUGGGGAUAUUGAGUUAGACACAGCUCUAUAAUGUUUAGAAACUAUUUUAGGUGAUGUCGCCUUUCCUUUCUUGGUACUUCACACACUUCCUACCUAAUAGCCGGCAUUUUUCAUAGCAGCUUGAACACGGCUAGACCCUUAUGUCCUCUGCUUUUUAAAUCUAAGACACCAUACAGAAAAAUAAGCCUGUUUUUAACAUUCUAGUCUAUCCUGCCCCUGAAACUAAAUUCACUCCCAGCUUUUGCUCCUGUGGAAAAUUGUCUCUGGAUGGUAUGGUUCACAGUACAUAUUAAAGAUCAUUGUGUACAAACAA